AUGUUGACCCAGAACUUGUUCCUUUAUGCUCUGCUCAGCAUGACAGGUGCUGCUGUGCCUGCAGUAGAAAUAGUGGAGGAAGCGCGUGCGCUCGAAGCUCGACAAGCUGUUACUUGUGGAGUGCACUAUAUAUCGCCUAUUCAGUUAACAAUAAACAGUAGCUUUGGUGUUACAGGCGGAUGCGGAAAAAUUACAGCUCCCACUCCAGGCCGAAAGAGGAUGUACAAUUUUGGAUCGGGCUACAAUAUUGCUGCAUUUCCAGAUUGCGUUGUCACUAUUGUUAACUCUGCUGACUGCAACAACUGGCAAUUUGCGGCAUUCGAUCAAUGUGGUACUCAACACCAGGUUGCAAUCUUCCCCGACAUUGCUUCGGAGUAUGAACGAAACGGAUGCCAGCCCCAGAAUUCUAACCCAAUCUCACCGAAAUCGAAUAUCGAAUACUCACGAUAG